CGCAGAGGCUCCGUCACGUGUUUUUCUCCUCCGAGUGAGACGGCGGCGCGGCCGGAGAGGGCCGGCGCGCGGAGCCAGACGCCGCCGCUUGUUUUGGUUGGGGCUCUCGGCAACUCUCCGAGGAGGAGGAGGAGGAGGGAGGAGGGGAGAAGUAACUGCAGCGGCAGCGCCUCCCUGGGAAGAGGCGUCCUCCCCGACUCCUUCCCAGACCUCUCCCCGCGUUACUCCCCUUCUGCCCUGCCUCCUGGAGCGAGGGGCAGGGAUGAGCCCGUCCCUCCGGCCCGUCCCCAGCUCCUCCGGCUGCCUGGCAGCGCCUCGCGUGAAAAAGCCACUUUCUCCGCUCGCCGAGAUGGGCCCGAACGGGGGCUGCAAAGGACGCGUCUGCGGGCGCCGGCAGCAGCAACGGCCGCAGCGCCGCGGUCUCUGACCGAGCUGGUAUUUGGGCGGCUGGUGGCGGCGGGGCGGCUGGGGGGUGGGAGGAGGCGGAGGAGCAGGCGAAGGAGGAGGAGGAGGGAGAACCCCGUGCAACGUUGGGACUUGGCAGCCCGCCUCCCCCUGCCCAAGGAUAUUUAAUUUGCCUCGGGAAUCGCUACUUCCAGAGGGGAACUCAGGAGGCAAGGCGCGCGCGCCUGGAGGGGCAACGCGGGCGCCUCCGGCCGCCGCCUCCUGCCCGCGCCAGACUCCAGCCGGGGCGGCGAGAGAUGCAUCUUCGUUCCUUCGCGGCCGCGGCGGCUGAGAGGAGACUUGGCUCUCGGAGGAUCCGGGCUGGCCUCACGGCGCACGCACUGCCUCCCCGCAGGGCAUGAAACGCCCGUAAACUCCGGUCGGGGCUAUCUCCUUGGCGCAGCCUCCGCGUCCUCCUCCAGCUGUCCCUCCCCGGCGCGGGGGGUGGCGUGGAUUUCGGAGUCGGGGUUUCUGCCGCCUCCAGCCCUGUUUGCAUGUGCGGAGCCGCGGCAAGGAGCCUCCGCCCCCCACCCGGUUGUUUUUCGGCGCCUCCCUCUCCUCGGCGGUGGUGGAGGCGGCAGCAUGGCGAGCCCUCCGGAGACCGACGGCUUUUCGGACGUGCGCAAGGUGGGCUACCUGCGAAAACCCAAGAGCAUGCACAAGCGCUUCUUCGUGCUGCGGGCGGCCAGCGAGGCGGGGGGCCCAGCGCGCCUCGAGUACUAUGAGAACGAGAAGAAGUGGCGGCACAAGUCGAGCGCCCCCAAACGCUCGAUCCCCCUUGAGAGCUGCUUCAAUAUCAACAAGCGGGCGGACUCCAAGAACAAGCACCUGGUGGCCCUCUACACCCGGGACGAGCACUUUGCCAUAGCGGCGGACAGCGAGGCGGAGCAGGACAGCUGGUACCAGGCCCUCCUGCAGCUGCACAACCGUGCCAAGGGCCACCACGACGGAGCCGCGGCCCUUGGGGUGGGAGGUGGCGGGGGCAGCUGCAGCGGCAGCUCAGGCCUUGGCGAGGCUGGGGAGGACUUGAGCUACGGGGAUGUGCCCCCAGGACCCGCGUUCAAGGAGGUCUGGCAGGUGAUCCUGAAGCCUAAGGGCCUGGGGCAGACAAAGAACCUUAUUGGUAUCUACCGCCUCUGUCUGACCAGCAAGACCAUCAGCUUCGUGAAGCUGAACUCAGAGGCGGCGGCCGUGGUGCUGCAGCUGAUGAACAUCAGGCGCUGCGGCCACUCAGAGAACUUCUUCUUCAUCGAAGUAGGCCGUUCCGCAGUGACGGGGCCUGGGGAGUUCUGGAUGCAGGUAGAUGACUCUGUGGUGGCCCAGAACAUGCACGAGACAAUCCUGGAGGCCAUGCGGGCCAUGAGCGAUGAGUUCCGUCCUCGAAGCAAGAGCCAGUCCUCCUCCAACUGCUCCAACCCCAUCAGUGUCCCGCUGCGUAGGCAUCACCUCAACAACCCCCCGCCCAGCCAGGUGGGCCUGACUCGCCGCUCGCGCACCGAGAGCAUCACCGCCACCUCCCCGGCCAGCAUGGUUGGGGGGAAGCACGGCUCUUUCCGUGUCCGAGCCUCCAGCGACGGCGAAGGCACCAUGUCCCGCCCGGCCUCGGUGGACGGCAGCCCCGUGAGUCCUAGCACCAACAGGACCCACGCCCACCGGCAUCGGGGCAGCUCGCGACUGCACCCUCCUCUCAACCACAGCCGCUCCAUUCCCAUGCCUUCCUCUCGGUGCUCACCUUCUGCCACCAGCCCGGUCAGUCUCUCGUCCAGCAGCACCAGUGGCCAUGGCUCCACCUCUGACUGUCUCUUCCCACGGCGGUCAAGUGCCUCUGUGUCUGGUUCCCCGAGUGACGGCGGUUUCAUCUCCUCCGAUGAGUAUGGCUCCAGUCCCUGUGACUUCCGAAGUUCUUUCCGCAGUGUCACCCCGGAUUCCCUGGGCCACACCCCACCAGCCCGCGGUGAGGAGGAGCUGAGCAACUAUAUCUGCAUGGGAGGCAAGGGGACCUCUACCCUCACCGCCCCCAAUGGCCACUACAUUUUGCCUCGGGGUAGCAAUGGUCCCCGUUACCUCCCAGGAGGUGGCUUGGGCAUGAGUCCAGCCCUGGCUGGGGAUGAAGCAGCCAGUGCUGCGGAUCUGGAUAAUCGGUUCCGAAAGCGGACUCACUCUGCCGGCACAUCCCCUACCAUUUCUCACCAGAAGACCCCAUCCCAGUCCUCUGUGGCUUCCAUUGAGGAAUAUACAGAGAUGAUGCCUGCCUACCCACCAGGAGGUGGCAGUGGAGGCCGACUGCCCGGAUACCGGCACUCCGCGUUCGUGCCCACCCACUCCUACCCUGAGGAGGGUCUGGAAAUGCAUCCUUUGGAGAGGCGUGGGGGCCACCACCGCCCAGACACUUCCACCCUCCACACUGAUGAUGGCUACAUGCCCAUGUCCCCAGGGGUGGCCCCCGUGCCCAGCAGCCGAAAGGGCAGUGGGGACUACAUGCCCAUGAGCCCCAAGAGUGUGUCUGCCCCGCAGCAGAUCAUCAACCCCAUCAGACGUCAUCCCCAGAGAGUGGACCCCAAUGGCUACAUGAUGAUGUCCCCAAGUGGCAGCUGCUCCCCUGACAUUGGAGGUGGUCCCAGCAGCAGCAGUGCUGCCCCUUCUGGGAGCAGCUAUGGCAAGCUGUGGACAAACGGGGCCGGGGGCCACCACUCUCAUGCCCUACCGCACCCCAGACUACCCAUGGAGAGCAGUAGUGGCAAGCUCUUGUCCUGUACAGGUGACUACAUGAACAUGUCACCAGUGGGGGACUCCAAUACCAGCAGCCCCUCCGACUGCUACUGUGGCCCUGAGGACCCUCAGCACAAGUCAGUCCUUUCCUACUACUCAUUGCCAAGGUCCUUCAAGCACACCCAGCGCCCAGGGGAGCUGGAGGACAGCGCCCGGCCCCAGCACCUCCGCCUUUCCUCCAGCUCAGGUCGUCUGCUUUAUGCAACGACAGAAGAUUCCUCCUCCUCUACCAGCAGUGACAGCCUGGGUGGUGGGUACUGUGGGGCUAGGCCUGAGCCCGGCCUCUCACAUCUCCACCAUCAGGUCCUGCAGCCCCAUCUGCCUCGAAAGGUGGACACGGCUGCCCAGACCAAUAGCCGCCUGGCUCGGCCCACGAGGCUGUCCCUGGGGGAUCCCAAGGCCAGCACCUUACCUCGGGCACGAGAGCAGCCGCCACCCCUGCUGCACCCUCCGGAGCCCAAGAGCCCAGGGGAGUAUGUGAAUAUUGAAUUUGGGAGUGAUCAGCCUGGUUACUUGUCUGGCCCUGUGGCUUCCCACAGCUCACCUUCUGUCAGGUGUCCACCCCAGCUCCAGCCAGCUCCCAGAGAGGGGGAGACUGGCACUGAAGAGUACAUGAACAUGGACCUGGGGCCAGGCCGGAGAGCAGCCUGGCAGGAGAGCGCUGGGGGCCAGCUAGGCAGGGUGGGUCCUGCACCUCCUGGGGCUGCUAGCAUGUGCAGGCCUACCCGGGCAGUGCCCAGCAGCCGGGCUGACUACAUGACCAUGCAGGUGGGUUGUCCUCGUCAGAGCUACGUGGACACCAUGCCAGUUGCCCCUGUCAGCUAUGCUGACAUGCGGACGGGCAUUGUCAUGGAGGAGGUGAGCCUUCUGGGGGCCACAGCGGCCACUCCCUCCUCCUCCUCUGCAGCAGGUUCUGCUGCACCCCAAGGAACAGGGGAGCUGACUGCCCGCUCUUCCCUGCUGGGGGGCCCACAGGGCCCUGGGGGCAUGAGCGCCUUCACCCGGGUGAACCUCAGUCCCAACCGCAACCAGAGUGCCAAAGUGAUUCGUGCGGACCCGCAAGGGUGCCGGAGGAGGCAUAGCUCUGAGACCUUCUCUUCCAAGCCGAGUGCCACCCGGGCGGGCAACGCCGUGCCCUUUGGAGGGGGUGCUGCUGUAGGGGGCGGCAGCAGCAGCGCUGAGGAUGUGAAACGCCACAGCUCUGCUUCCUUCGAGAACGUGUGGCUGAGGACUGGGGAGCUCGGGGCAGCCUCCAAGGAGUCAGCCCAGGUGUGCGGGGCGGCUGGGGGUUUGGAGAAUGGUCUCAACUACAUAGACCUGGAUUUGGUCAAGGACUUCAAACAGCGCCCGCUGGAGCACCCCCCUCAACCACAGCCCCCCCCACCCCCUCAUCGGCCUCUGGGCAGCAACGAGAGCAGCUCCACCAGUCUCUCCAGUGAGGAUGUAAGCUCCUAUGCCAGCAUCAGUUUCCAGAAGCAGCCAGAGGACCGCCAGUAGCUCAGCUGGACUUCACAGCAGAAUGAAGACCUAAAUGACCUCAGCAAAUCCUCUUUUAACUCAUGGGUACCCAGACUCUAAAUGUUUCAUGAUUCACAACCAGGACCUCACGUCUUUCUUCUCAGUAGAUGGUACGAUGCAUCCAUUUCAGUUUGUUUACUUUAUACAAUCCUCAGGAGUUCGUGGACUGAACUGCACGUACUAGAUUGUGCCAAGCAAAAAAGCACUGUGACACCAGAACAAUGAGUCUCCAUAAACUUCAUCUUCAACCUGAAGGACUUAGCUGGCCACGUGAGCUGAUGUGCCCGCCGCCAUACCACGCGAGAAUGGGUUUACUCUCAUUACAUUUACAAGAUACAUUUCAUCUGCUGCUGAAACUGUGUAGGACAAAAAAGCAUCAUUGUAAAUUAUUUCAUACAACUGCAUCGGGUGGAGAGAGUAUUAAAUAUUUAACAUAGGUUUUGAUUUAUAUGUGUAAUUUUUUAAUUAAAAUGUAACUUUUCUUAUAGCACAUCAUUUUUUUGGAUGUGGAACUGAGGUAUACAAUGUUCUGUUGUAAAGAGUGGAGCCGAUGCUUAAAACAAGGCUAACAAAAGUAGAAUAGGGUACGAUCCUUGUUUUAAGAUUGUAAUUCAGAAAAAUAAUAUAAUAAGAAUCAUAGCGCCACAGAUGGUUCUCAAUUAUAUAGUUAUAUUUGCUGAUACGAUCUCUUGUAAUAUAGCCCUGAUGUUGAGCUGAGAUCCUUACAAGAAUUGAUCUUAAUUUUGUAUUUUUUCUGUAAGGCAGUAGGCCGUGUUAAUUAAAUGAAGAAGGAUAUAUUUUACUGGGUAUUUUCAAGUGUCAGCUUAAAAUUAGCAAUCGAUUGGAAGCAAAAUUACAAGAAAAGGAAAUCAAAGUCUCCCAUUGUAUAUACUGUAAAGAGGAGGAGACAUGGGAGAUCCCUUCAAAUCAGAAGCUCUCUUUGGAAUGAACAAUGUGGGUGUUUGUAAAUUCUGGAAAUUUCUUUCUAUUCAUAAUAAAGUAGAGACUGUUGAUCUUUUAUUCUCCCCCUUCCCCGCACUUCUGUAAGCUUCCUGCUCCUCUGCCACCAUUUCUUUCCAUGCACAUGUUGGGGUAUUUCAUUUUCUGCAUUGUCUUAAGAAAAAUGGGAAGACAAGCUUUAAUUUACAACCAGAAAUGAAGAUUCCAAAAAGUGUUUUUUUUUUUUAUCAUGACCAGGAUCACAUUAUCAUUUUUCCUUAAGACCUUUAGCUCAUGUUUUCUGAGAACUUCCAGUGUUACAGCAUUUAACCGAAUGUAAUCGGGCCUAUUUGCCCUGGUGGGUACUGGUUAGUUAAUAAAACCCAGUGUGCAGAGAGCGCAUCAAGGCCUAAUGACCUGCUAUAGAAAUAUCUAGCCAACAAUGAAAAUGUUUAUCUUCUUCUUGUUUGGGAAGUACACACAUCUUGGAGUUUUUUCUAGUGAAAAAAGUAACAGCAAUGGACACACUUAAAGACAGUUCCUACAGAGUUUUUAAAAAUUUUUUACCAGGAAACUUCCUAAAGGUUAAGUGAAUUAAUGCUAGUAUGAGCCCCCCUUGGAGUUUGUGUAAACUUUAUCAGGAGUUCCCAGCCCCACUGCUGAGAAGAGCAACAUUUUAUUUCUCUGAAGGGUUGAGUUCCCUGAGUAGGGGAGGAGCUACAGGAAGGGGCCAGGGCUGGGGGGCACUGCAGUGUUGGCUGCCCUCCAUCAGCUGGUCAGCGACCCCUGCUCUGCUCAAAAGGAAGCAGAGAUAAACGGAACCCCACACGGUGCUGAGGCCUGUCGUACUGUUAAUUCAGCCGGAUGGCAUGCACCUCCCAAACUGUUGUGCAAUGUUAAUUGUGGCAGAUUCUAAUCAUUUGCAUGCUCAUCAGUUUCUAAGAUAAAUAGGUCUGUAGUCAUAAGAAUCCAUUGUUUUCAAGGAACAUGUUGUAUUACAUCAUUUCCUAUUAGAAGAGAACACAACCAGUUGAAAAAAUCUGAUACGGAACAAAAAACUUUUUUUUCUUUCAUAAAAAAAGCUUUCUUGUUCAAACUUUCAUUCUUCAAGUAUUCUGACUCAUCCCCUCGCUGGUGUAGGAAGAAAGCAAGCUCUCCUGCUCUCUUCUGUUGAGGACAUAAGUUGUUAAAGAGAAAUAAGUGAAUAAAGUCAGCCCCAUCUGUUUUUUCCUGUAAAGCUGAUUAUGAUUUCUCAAGGAACCUAAACUUUGAAUAUGUAUUACCAAAAUACCUCUGCAUGUGAAAUUACCAACAUAUUUUGGGUGAGGACAGAAAUGAACAACAGACUGGAAAAGCCAUCUCUUGGUUUCUCUUUCUCUGACGUUCUGUUGAGUCAAAUAGCAUAAAGGUAGAAAUUAUUUAAGCUGCUUCUCGUGGUCCCUGAGCUGGGUUUGGUGGUGGUAUCAAACAUAACUGACUUAAAACUGGAAGUUGCUGGUAUUUAAGGCCAAAACUCAUGCUUUGGCUGCAUGAGGGGCUGACCUGGAGCAACAUCAGCUGCUAAGUCCUUGUGUUCAAUUCUUACUGAAGAGAGUUGCUAUUUCAAAGUAUUUAUAGGGCAGCCAAGGGCUUAUGUUAAUGGAGCUUCUAGUAGACUCUGGUUAACCUAUAAACUCGUGGCUUUUUCUUCCUAAGACCAACCUUUCACAGUGUUCUUGAGAUUUAGGAAGAGUUUUAAAAUUCUCCUUUGAACAGAUAUGUUUCAUGACUUCGAUGGUUUCUUCUGGGGAAAAAAAAAAGGUCCCAGGACCAGCUAAAAAUGAAGAGUAUCCAUUAAUGAUCAACCACUUGAGUCAAUAAUGACAGUUCAGUACUGAUGUUACAUGUGUGGAUAUUUCUGCUAACUUUCAAAGGUCAGGGACUCUCUUGACUAACCUAGGUUGACAGCAAAAAUGGAUUUACUAAAAAUGAUCUAGUCAGUAGUAGAGAUUUUUAACUUUCCCUGACUAUUGUGUCCUAGCUAUCUUCUAACUUUGAGACAUUUAAAGUGCUAAGAAACAUCUUUACUAUACUGUAAGAAACAAUAUUUUAUAAUACUGAAGCUCUGUUUUGUUCAGUCUUGCAUCCUGAAUGCAAUAUGCUGUGUAGUUGAAAAUGUUACUUUUAUUUAUAGCAGGUGGUUUAAAAAUGGGGGAGGGGAGUUCAUGGUCCACCCACAACAGAGCCACGGAAAACAGGAUAGAUGUGAAAUGCUCCAGCUGCUUUGGCAGAAUUCUGUGGACAGUUCAUCACAUAAGGAAGCGCUGAAACCAGAGACACUGAGAAUUAAGACCUUGAUCAGGGAGAGACAGGGUCCUUUGGAAGGCAUGCAAAGGUAACGGAUGGAAGCCAAACAUGGAAUCGCUGCUUUGCAAUGACUUGACAGGGAGUUAGUGUUCCUACGUUUGGGUGUGUUCGUUGGAAGUAAUGCUGCGUUCGUAUAGGCUGAGAGAUUUGAGAGAAAGAAGCACGCGUUUCUAGGGAUGUGAGGAAAUAGGACCUUGCCGAUUCUAAGAGACCUCCAGACUAUAGGCUUACUUACAGAGAGCGAAGAUAGUCUUCUGGUAGUUAGAACAUCAAGGGUAAGACCCUGGUGCCUUUGGUCAUUUCCAAAGCCAAGCCAGAGAAGAUUGUGGAAACCCUUCUGUAAGCUCUGUCAGCCAGUCUCCUAAGUGUGGACAAUGCGUGGGUCAGGUGGCAUGUUGGGCUCCCCUCGCUGCUUGUUACCAGAGCAUCCAUUUAGCUGCUGGGUGGAGGUAGAAAGCUUUUGCAGGUGUUUGCCCCUACUCUGAAGGAAUUUAGCAGUACUAAGGAGCUUGUAAUUAGCUAAUAAGAUUAGAAAACAUAUGACUUAGGCUGGAGCGUUGUCUUCCUUUGCCUGGUUGGUUGAUGACUUGGCAUUUGUGGUGUAUACACUGAGAGAAAUCUGGUGUUUAGACUUUUGCCAUUCACCUGGCAUUUCCCCAGCGUUGACUGAUACGCCACAGGGUAGGACAAAUUGAGUAAACAGGAAAAUGUGUCUAUUUGUGUAGACAUCUUUAGUGAUGUUCUUGUUUUCUUUUCAGAACUUCGCUAUUGGCUUAAGAAUAUAGUUCCCGGAAUGCUUUUUCUUACAGAGUUCUUUCUUUUCACCUCUUGGCUGCAGAGUGGGCCAAAUUAAAGACACAUAUAUUUUUUCACUUGCUGUGUGUGCAGUUUGGUUAAUCAUCUUAAGAUGGUGGUGCUCCCCUGGUGCUACUUCAUCUGUACAAAAGGACCAAUGCAUGGUCUGUAUUGCUACCAAAACAUUUACUGUAUAUAUGUGUAUAACAUAUGUAUUAUGUAUAUAUGUAAUGGGUACCAGGCCAGGUAUAUAUUUUUAUUUAGAAGUGUUUCACUUUUCCAAGUUUUCUUUAUAGUGUUAUGCUUAUUUUCAGUUUUUCCUCCCCUGAUUCUGUCUGGUACUUAGAACUGUAGUGUCUUCAUUGUUAAUUAAAGAAAACUGUCUAAAUGAAUUCACAAAUGUGAAUGCUAAUGGUCCUUAAUGUUUUUGAUUUUGGGGAUAUGAAAUGAAAACUGCUCUUUGAGAUCUGCGGGGGUGUUUGAUUGGGGAAGAGCUGUGUACGCCAUUUCACAUGCUUUAAUAAAUGAUUUUGGAACAGA